AUGUCCACCCAUUCCCUGGACAAGCAAAAGGAGGUGGAUGUCACGGAGCGUUCCGUGAGCUCCAACAGCUCCAGCCCUAGGCUCAGGGCCGCUGAUGAAAAGGGCGUGACUAUUGAGGCUCCUUCUCCGGCAUCAAUUAGUCUUGAAAACCAAUCGUCUCCUCCUCCGGUAUACCAUGUCUUCACACGAACCCGCAAAUUGCAGAUUAAACUCGGUGUUUCGAUGUCCUUGACAACGUUAACUGUCACAGUAUAUAUGAUUGUUCAGGGUCUCGCCCCGAGCUUCUGGGGCUCCUUCUCCGAUGUGAUGGGGCGCCGUGGAAUCUUCAUUGCAACAUUCAUUGUGUACAUCAUUGCCAACAUUGCCCUCGCCGUUUCAACCAACUACGGGGAGCUGAUGGCGUUCCGUGCCUUGCAAGCGGCCGGGAGUGCGGCUACAAUCUCCAUUGGUGCCGGUGUCAUCGGUGAUAUCACCACAUCCGCAGAGCGAGGAAGUCUGAUCGGAAUCUUUGGCGGUGUACGAAUGCUGGGCCAGGGCAUUGGCCCCGUCUUCGGUGGGAUCCUGUCUCAGUAUCUCGGGUACAAGUCGAUCUUCUGGUUUCUGACCAUUGUCUCCGGGGUCAGUCUCCUGUCUAUCGUGGUGUUCCUCCCCGAGACACUCCGUCCCAUUGCUGGUAACGGCACCGUCCGCCUCCACGGUAUCUCCAAGCCCCUCAUCUACUACAUCACGGGCCAGAAGGAGGCCAAGGAAGGCGCACAGCCAAUCGGGCAGAAGAAGAAAGUCUCCUUCAAGACCGUCUUCGCCCCCCUCACCUUCCUGGGCGAGAAGGACGUCUUCAUCACCCUGUUCUUCGGCGCCAUUGUGUACACCGUCUGGUCCAUGGUGACAUCUUCCACAUCCGACCUCUUCGAGUCUCGAUACGGCCUGACCACCCUCGAAGUUGGCCUGACAUUCCUUGGCAAUGGCUUCGGAUGCAUGUCCGGCUCAUACACCAUUGGCUACCUCAUGGACUACAACCACAAGCGAACCGAGCGCGACUACUGCCGACAGAACAACCUCCCCCUCGACACCCGCAUCACCACCAAAACACAUCCCGAUUUCCCGAUCGAGUACGCCCGCAUGCGCAACACCUGGUGGAUCACCGCGCUGUUCAUCGUGUGCACCGCCGUGUACGGCGUCUCCCUCCGCACUCACCUGGCCGUCCCGAUCAUUCUGCAAUACAUCCUCGCAUACUGCGCGACUGCUAUCUUCACCAUCAACAGCGCCCUCAUCAUCGACCUCUACCCCGGCGCCAGCGCCAGUGCCACCGCCGUCAACAACCUGAUGCGCUGCCUGAUCGGCGCCGCGGGCGUGGCCGCCGUGCAGCCCAUCAUUGAUGCUCUCACGGCCGAAUGGUGUUUCGUUCUGCUUGCCGGUAUCACGCUAGUGAUGGUUCCUCUGCUGGCGGUUGAGAUGCGAUGGGGGCCGGGGUGGCGCGCGGAGCGCAGUGAGCGCUUCAAGCGCAAGGCGGAGCAGAAGGAGGCGCGGAAGGCUGAGUCGUCUUGA